UUUGCGCUGUGUUGACAUUGACAACCGGCCAUUGUGCGAGUUCUUGCUCAAACUGUCCAGUAAUUCUUUGAAAAUUCGCAAAUAAACUCCGCUAAAAACUUAACCGCUUCUUAAUCAUGCCGAUCAUAAAGCUACAAUCGUCUGACGGCGAAAUUUUCGAGGUGGAUGUUGAAAUAGCGAAAUGUUCCGUCACCAUCAAAACAAUGUUGGAGGAUUUGGGGAUGGACGAAGAGGAGGAAGAACCCGUCCCAUUACCAAACGUAAAUUCAGCUAUUUUAAAAAAGGUGAUUCAAUGGGCUACGUAUCAUAAAGAUGAUCCUCCACCACCAGAAGAUGAUGAAAACAAAGAGAAGCGUACCGAUGAUAUUUCAUCUUGGGAUGCAGACUUUCUUAAAGUUGAUCAAGGAACGCUUUUUGAAUUAAUUUUGGCUGCUAAUUAUUUGGAUAUUAAGGGAUUAUUGGAUGUAACAUGCAAAACUGUUGCUAAUAUGAUCAAAGGAAAAACUCCUGAAGAAAUCCGCAAGACAUUUAAUAUUAAAAAUGAUUUUACCGCCUCCGAAGAGGAACAGGUGCGAAAGGAAAACGAGUGGUGUGAAGAAAAAUAAGACUUUGUAAAUGAUUUUAAGUUCUUAUUAUUAUUUUUUUUUUUGUAUAUUUAAUAACAACGGUAUUUUCGUUUAAAAAAUAUUUUCAUUUAAAAGAAACAUUGAGAUGAAAAUUCAGAAAAUGUUAGAGUAGAUUAACGAAAUAGUCAGCUUUAAUUUAAGGCGACAAAUUUCAAUGUAGUUUGUAGAUAUUUUAUUUUUCAAUCUGUGAGGUAUAACCUAUUAAUGAUUUUUUUGCUUAUCUUCAAAAUUCUUUGCUAAUCAAUGUUGAUUCAUAAAAUAAAAAAGUUAUUUCUUAAAUA